UUGGUGUAAUUGAGGCAACAGUUUGUGAGGUGGGUAAUCAGGACAGGUUAAUUGACCUGUGACCGGUCAAAGGUUACGCGUGGCAACAUGGCAGGCGUGCUGUUUGAAGAUAUCUUCGACGUCAAAGACAUCGACCCUGACGGCAAGAAGUUCGACAGAGUGUCCAGACUCCACUGUGAAAGUGAGAGUUUUAAGAUGGAGCUGAUCCUGGACGUGAACACACAGGUGUAUCCUGUGGACAUAGGAGACAAGUUCAGACUUGUCCUAGCAAGCACACUGCGGGAAGAUGGUGCUCCUGAUGAUGGGGAAUACAUCCCCAACGACGGUACGCCAUCCCGUGCUGACCAGUUCGAAUACGUCAUGUACGGCAAGAUCUACAGAAUAGAGGGCGACGAUACACACACAGAGACUGCCACCAGACUGUCAGCCUAUGUGUCGUACGGGGGCCUCCUGAUGAGGCUACAGGGGGAUGCUAACAACCUGCACGGCAUGGAGGUGGAUAAACAUGUCUACCUGCUCAUCAAGAAACUGGCUUUCUAGGUGCCAACAAAGCUGUCAGAAUCUACAUGUCAAGGCUUUCUUCAGCUUAAAUUUUUUUUGUUCCACUCAUUGUUUGGGAGCCAAUGUUGUUGAUUUUCUUGGUUUAAGGAAAAUACAUGAAAGUACAGUUUCAACAGUUUCAUGUUACUUUUGGGACGGAUGGGGUAAAAUCAUUUUCCAUUCCAAGUAAAUUUCUGUCCCAGGACAGGAGGACGGGUCCUGGAGAAAGCCCUGCUACAUGAACAUAUAUGUGAACCUUGCUAUUUUACGUCGUGUAUAUUGAAUUGUCCCAUCCACGUGACUGUAGCUACAUGUAGAUCUCACAAAACACUCAUUGUUUCAUUGUUGUUGAUCCUUUUUUUUGUAGAAUGUUGUAUGGAGGUGUGUGUUUAGUAAUCUAACUUUCUUAAGUUGAUGGACAUAGCCCAUAUUGUAUCAAGUUCUGCUUGCAAGUUUGAAGCAGAGCUCAUUUCAAAUGGGAGAGAAAUUUCAUUUUCUUCACUUCCCUACUUCUAAAAUAUGUGUUCUUUACACUACUACACAUUGUGUCUAAUGGAAUUGGAGUUUUGUAACUUUACCUUAGUCUGAUUAUUGGAUAGUCUACUACAACCACUACUACAAUAACUGCUAUUAUAAUUCAGUAGUCUAGAAUUUUUCUGUAUGGUUGGUUGACAUAGUUAUUGGAAGAUUCAUAAUAAAUUUUAGCUUUCAUGUUCAUAUUUGAGGCAUUUAACAGCAUUUUCCAUAUUAAGUUUUGACAGAUUCAUAAGAAAUGAAUCAGGACGACCAUUUUUGGAGAAAGAAUGACUGCUCAUAAAAUAAAAAGGUCACAAAAAGUGACACUA